CCUGCCACUCCCCGGGAGAGCCGGGCCACUGUUUCCGGGAUUAUCCUAAAAGCUUCCGAGGCCGCGAGGACUUGGCAGCAGCCCUCCUGUGUCUCCCACCUCCCCCUCGGCCUCCCUGUCGCCCCGUUUAUAAAGGCUGGUUCUCUAGUUGCCCCCACUCGGCCCUCAGCCGCUGCCAGCCCGGGGCUCCAUGGACUGGUACCUCCUGAGGUGCCCCUGACCGUCCUGGCCCCACCCCACCCCGGAUCCCGGCAAUGCUAACCGCUGUCUGCGGCUCUCUGGGCAGCCAGCACCCGGACGCGCCUCACGCCUCCCCGCCGCGCCUCGACCUGCAGCCACUCCAGACGUACCAAGGCCACACGAGCCCGGAGGCUGGGGACUAUCCCUCCCCGCUGCAGCCGGCCGAGCUGCAGAGCCUCCCGCUGGGCCCGGAGGUGGACUUCUCCCAGGGCUAUGAGCUGCCAGGGUCCUCCUCGCGGGUGACCUGCGAGGAUCUGGAAAGCGACAGUCCCUUAACCCCGGGACCCUUUUCCAAGCUCCUGCAGCCGGACAUGUCGCACCAUUACGAAUCAUGGUUCCGGCCGACCCACCCGGGCACGGAGGACGGCUCGUGGUGGGACCUUCAUCCGGGCACCAGCUGGAUGGACCUCCCGCACACUCAGGGCGCUCUCGCCUCCCCGGGUCAUCCCGGAGCGCUCCAGGCGGGAUUGGGGGGCUAUGUCGGCGACCACCAACUUUGUGCCCCGCCGCCGCACCCGCAUCCGCACCCGCACCACCUCCUCCCGGCCGCCGGGGGGCAGCACCUCCUCGGGCCGCCCGACGGAGCCAAGGUCUUGGAAGCUGCGGCGCCCGAGGCCCAAGGGUUGGAUUCCGGUCUGGACGCGGCGGCCCGGCCCAAAGGCUCCCGGAGAUCGGUGCCCCGCAGCUCGGGCCAGACCGUCUGUCGCUGCCCCAACUGCAUGGAGGCCGAGAGGCUGGGGUCCCCGUGCGGGCCCGAUGGGAGCAAGAAGAAGCAUUUGCACAACUGCCAUAUACCUGGCUGCGGGAAAGCCUACGCCAAGACAUCGCACCUGAAGGCGCACCUGCGCUGGCACAGUGGCGACCGUCCCUUCGUGUGCAACUGGCUCUUCUGCGGCAAGCGCUUCACACGCUCCGACGAGCUGCAGCGCCACCUGCAGACGCACACGGGCACCAAGAAGUUCCCCUGCGCCGUGUGCAGCCGCGUCUUCAUGCGCAGCGACCACCUGGCCAAGCACAUGAAGACCCACGAGGGCGCCAAGGAGGAGGCAGCCACAGCGGGCCCCGGCGAGGCUAAGGCCGGAGGCGCGGUGGAGCCGCCCGGGGGAAAAGGCAAGCGGGAGGCUGAGGGCAGCGCGGCGCCCUCCAACUGAGCUCCUCCCGGGGUUGCCUCCUCGCGGGCUCCGUGGGGGCGUCCGGAGAGGGCCCCUGAGCGGCAUCUGGGAGGCGGCUUGAGUAAGGGGGAGGUGGUUAUUUAUUGAG